AUGUCAUUCUUUAAAACUGCCAGACCUACAACAAAAAAAGCAGCAAAAGGAAAAUUGUUGGACUGCUUUAACAAUCGCAGAAGAGAUUAUAAAAAAUCUGGUGUCAUAACAUCACAUUCUAGACAAGCAGCCUCACCUAUUGAACAACAUUCUUUAAACUUAAACACCAUAAACUCUGUUGAAAAAUAUUGGAGUAUUAUCAGAAACUAUAGACUUAAACAUUUAUUUAGUAUAGAAACUCAAACAGUCUGUCAAUAUAUGAAUGAGUUUCCAGUAUUAAAAAAACCCAUGGGAUAUAAUCUUGUCCAAACUGCUCAUUUGUUUCAUCUUCGCCGGUACUAAAAGUAUUGACACCGCAACAUACAUAUAAAAAUACCACAACAGAUAGUAAUACACCUGUUAAGAAUAUUUCAAUAUGCGAAAGUAGUCCUGCAUCAUUAACAACUAUUUCUCUUACUACGAAAAAUUGGGUGUCAAAUUUAAUUAGUCUUCCAAAUGUUAAUACUGUACCAAUAAAAAAAACUCGUAAUAAUACAAGCAACCCGAAAAAUUUGAUUGUUCAAAAUAAU